GAGCCGAGCCGAGGGCGCGAUGCAUUGUGGGUCCUGCAGGCUCGGUGUCGCCGCUAUGAACCCGGAGCUGCGCAAGGAGCGCGAGUUGGCGAGUUUCCACACAGAGGCCCUGACACACAUCCUGGAUGGAGGGGCAGAGAAAACUCGGCGUCGGAGGGAGAUCGAAGCCCUCAUGCUCAAUGAUCCUGAGCUGCAGCACGAAGACCUGAACUUCUUGUCUCGCAGCGAGCGAUAUGAUGUGGCAGUAAAAAAGAGUGCCCUGAUGGUGAGGAAGAUCAGGGAGCAUGCCAUCUCGAAUCCAGAGGAAAUCAUGUGGUUUAAGAGCUAUGUGCAUCGUGGGCGGCCAGAACCCCUAGAUCUCCACUUGGGCAUGUUCCUACCCACCAUCCUCAACCAGGCCACCCCUGAACAACAGGAUCGUUUCUUCAUGCCAGCUUGGAACCUGCAGAUCAUUGGCACCUAUGCCCAAACUGAGAUGGGCCAUGGAUCAUUCAUCCGAGGCUUGGAGACAACAGCAACCUAUGACCCAUCAACUCAAGAGUUUGUGUUGAACAGCCCAACUGUGACCUCAAUCAAAUGGUGGCCUGGAGGAUUGGGAAAGACCUCAAACCAUGCUAUUGUCCUGGCUCAGCUCUAUACCCAAGGUCAAUGCAAAGGGCUGCAUGCUUUCAUUGUACCAAUUCGCAAGAUGGGCACACAUGAACCUCUGCCUGGUGUAGUGGUGGGUGAUAUUGGACCGAAGUUUGGGUAUGAUGAGGUUGACAAUGGUUACCUGAAGUUGGAGAAUGUUCGUGUACCACGUGAAAACAUGCUGAUGCGAUAUGCAAAGGUGAUGCCAGAUGGGACAUACAUGAAACCGCCCAGUGACAAGCUGACCUAUGGCACGAUGGUCUUUAUACGCUCAAUGAUUGUAGGAGACGCGGCACGUGCGUUAUCUCAAGCAUGUACAAUCGCCAUCCGAUAUAGUGCAGUCCGACACCAGUCAGAGCUGAAACCUGGUGAUCCUGAACCCCAGAUACUGGAUUACCAGACUCAACAGUACAAGCUGUUUCCACUGCUGGUGACAGCCUACGCCUUCCGAUUUGUUGGAAACUUCAUGAGGGAUACAUACCAUCGUAUUACCGCAGACAUGAAUGAUGGAGACUACAGCCAGUUACCCGAGCUCCACGCUCUGUCUGCGGGCUUGAAAGCUUUCACCAGCUGGGUGGCCAGUGCUGGCAUUGAGGAAUGUCGAAUGGCUUGUGGUGGUCAUGGGUACUCACGGUCCAGUGGUCUCCCAGAUAUUUACGUCACGUUCUCACCCAGCUGCACGUAUGAAGGAGAGAACACUGUCAUGAUGCUGCAGACAGCAAGGUACUUAUUCAAGAGUUAUACCCAGGCCAAGUCUGGUCAGAAGUUAUCGGGCACUGUCGCGUAUCUGAAUGACCUGUGUGGCCACAUUCAGCCCCAGCAGGUGGCCAGUCGGCCAAUGGUGAUGGACAUUAAUGAUAUCAGCAGGCUGGUGGAAGCAUACCAACUGCGAGCAGCUAACCUGGUUGAAGCAGCUGCACGGAAUUAUCGCAUGGAGCUGGGACGCAGGAAGAAUAAAGAGGAAGCCUGGAACAGCACGUCUGUUGACCUGGUCAGAGCAUCAGGGGCUCAUUGCCACCACGUGGUGGUGAAGCUGUUUGCAGCCAAGCUGUCUGAGAUCACGGACACUGCGAUCUAUGAUGUCCUUAGCACUCUGUGCCUGAUGUACGCACUGUAUGGAAUUAGUAAGAACUCCGGAGAUUUCCUGCACGCUGGGAUCCUGAAUGACCUGCAGAUUUCCCAGGUUCACCAGCGUGUGAAGGAGCUACUUGCUGUGAUCCGACCCAAUGCCGUUGCUCUUGUCGAUGCCUUUGAUUACCCUGAUGCAGUUCUUGCAUCAGUGCUUGGGCGUUACGAUGGGAAUGUUUAUGAGCACAUGUUUGAGUGGGCAAAGAGAUCUCCUCUAAAUAAAACUGAGGUUCACCAGUCUUUCUACAAAUACCUGAAACCUUUGCAGUCCAAGUUGUGAAGUUGUAACUGAAUGUUGUCCAUCUAAGAAAUUGAAGUAGCUGUUUUAACAGUUUCCACUAUUGUGGGGAUUUUCCUGUCCCUGCCCUCAUAGUAUGUACUAGUAUGGUUGUGUCAUAGGACUUUGGAACUGGAUUUGGAAAUAUAUAAACCACACAUUUGCAUCUGCCACACCCUGCGUGAGCUUGGCAGCAUCUCUGUGGAGCUUUACAAAGUGUGUGGGCCAUGAUGCUGCAGCACUUAAGAGGAACCACUUUCAAAUUUUGCUCUUGACAAAAGCUGCUGCAGUAUUUGCAGGUUGAGAGUGAAUCUAAAUGCCAGCACCAAAGACAAAGCAGAAAUGUUCAAGACAAAAGCUCCUAAACUGGUGUUGGGAGGGAAGGAGAUCAGAAACUGGUCUGCCGUUAGCAUUAGGCUUUUUAGAGGAGGGGCAUAAUCAGGGAUUCAGGCUUUGGGUUUAUGUUGUUUCAGCCAGAUUAGAUGACCAUUUGACUACAGAUAUGAAGGAUUUUGCAAUAAUGCUAAUUGCCGGAGAGAGUCUGUACUAGUUAGUUGUGCUCCAGGGCUUUGUUCACCCCUUUGAUUUAAACAGGGUAUGAUCCAAGUCUCCUGCAGCUGAGGUUUUCAGUACACUGCUAUCCUGUCUUGGUGGGAAAGUGGGACAACAACCUGCAAUUUUUUUUGCUGUACUUAGUGGGGCAUGUCUGAUUUGGCUGUCUGCCCAGACUGAAUUUGUAAAGUGGCUGAAGUUUUAAGAGAUUCACUUCAAAAACACAGUAUAUUCAUAGUCCGAGGUAACCUGCAUUGGGAAAAAAUACAGGAGUCACUCCGAAACCACAAAUAUUUGCAAACAAACUACUUUCAAUACACCACGCUAAUUUAGAGUACAAGACACAGCCAACAGAACUCUCACCUGAUCCAACUUGGAUCCAAAAGAUGCAUAUACCUGAGCCACUAGUUCAUUUUUUAAAGCUGAAGGUUGUAUUGUACAGGUGCCACUUUAGAUGCUUUCACACACUGAACAUUUUUAUGACUGAUUGAGCUGCUGGUUGCAAUCUUAGCUGGCCCGUCAAGAUUAAAGGGCCAGUGAUCAUGUUGAAUAAGUGAGGUUACCUUUAGAAAUGGGACAAUUGAUACCAGUUCCUUUUAGCGUCUGUAAAUCACUGAUUUCACUUUUUAUUAUCAAUGCAGCAUUACAGUCUCUGCAGAGAUUAAUGCUUUUGAAAAGCAAUUAGAACUGAGAUUGGCACCUUAAGAUUCUGUUUUAAAACCUUGACUACUAAAAUAAUUAGAAAAAGAAUUGUUAACUAAAACACUGUUUUAUUUCUGGAGGCAACUUGUAUUUUAAACAUCAGAAAGUGACAUUCCUCUUUACACCCAUCACACUGUCCAGAGUCAGUCUUUGUAGCAAUCAGUGCACAGUUGUUUCCAGAUUCCAAUGUUUGCCAUAUUUCUGUUUCACUGAGGAGUAGCUUCAAGUGACCGUUUGUCCUUAAUUUCCAGAGUUUCAAAAGUUCACCAACAGUAAAGCUGAUUCUAAUGAUUUUUUUUCUUGGCCACACCAGAACAAAUCUCCUAGAAUGUCACAGGAUGUGUUCCUUUGGCUAGAGACAGUUUGCACCUACUGUGAUGGCUUGUAAAGUCAAAUGGCCUUUAAUCUCUACUGAAUGUAUAGAAUUGCUGUCUGAAGCUUUUGACUUGUAGGGUGGUCUGUAAGCUAAGCUCAAAAUUUGACUUCCUUUGCCUAUUUCCUAAUGACAGUGUGAAGUGUUUCAGCCUGGUAUGCAAGUAGAAAUACUAGUUGGCUAUUGUCAAGAGCCCAACUCCCUUUCAUCUUAAAAAUAAAUGGACAGUUGCAGUACAGCUGUUCCAUCAGUACCUUUCUAGAACUUUGGGAGAUUCAGGCUCCUGCCAUUGCCUCCAGACGUGAAUAUCUUGCACCUUCUUCUGAGUUAAUCAGCCAAGACAUUCCUUUGAUCUCAAACAAUCAACUCUCUCAGACUUACUGUUAAGUGACUUUCAGAACAGGGCCGACGGCCCCAGCUUAUGAGCCACACAUUUAAAGAUAUAGUCACAAAAUAUCAUGUUUUGUAAUACUCUGUAUCACUAAGGCUUUGGAGUAGAUCUGUAGCUUGGGUCGUGGGUGUUGAGGUUGAUUGGAUCGCCGAGCUGGUUCUGCAGACGUUUCGUUACCGUGUUGGGUAACAUCCUCAGUGCAGCCUCUGAUGAAGUGCCGUUGUGUUUUCCCGCCUGAUUUUUAAACUCUGGGGUCCAUUGCAAUGGAUUGCCUCACUUCCAGGUUUCCUCCGUAGUGGAAUGUGUUUGGGGUUGAGUUGGAUUGCCAUGCUUCCAGGAAUUCUCGUGCUUGUCUCGCUAGCUUGUCCCACGAUCUUGGUGUUGUCGUGGUUCUCCUUGUCCAUGUGGAUUGAGAUGAGUGAGUAUUGGUUGUGUGUUUUUGUAGCCAGUUGGUGUUCAUGUUCUCUUGUUAGUUUCCUUCCUGUUUGUCCGAUGUAGUGUUUCUCACAGUCUCUGCAGGGGACCUUUUAGAUGACAUUGGUCAUAAUUGGAGGGUUACUGUUGAAGCUGUGUGCGAACACUUUUUAAAACGGCAGUGCACUGAAAAGCCCCACACACAAGCCAGAUACUGAGCUUCAAUAGUAACUAUCCCAGCACACACAAACGAAGCUGUGUGUGAACACUAUUUAAAAGGGCAACAGCACACUGCAGCAACAUGGAACUACGCCAAGAGGAGGAGGAGGAGGAAUACCUCUUCCAAGUGUUCAAGGAUAACGUAUAUCCAAAGAACUAGGUCAGGAAAUGCCUACAGGAACAGCAUCAGAAAGAUUCCACGUGCCUCGACACACUCAUCACACUACGCGACAUCAGGAACACGUCAGAACUCACCACAAGACUUCUAUGACUGCAGGGCAUCAGAGUGGCACACAAGCCCACAUUAACCCUACGACAACUGCUCACCCGAACUAAAGACCCACUCCCCACCAUGGAUAGGACCAAUGUCAUCUACAAGAUCCCCUGCAGAGACUGAGAGAAACACUACA